UGAAGCAUGAGGAGAGCCCCCCGCCAGUGACCGAAACAUGGCUGACAAGAGGAAAUUGCAAGGUGAGAUCGAUCGGUGUCUGAAGAAGGUCUCCGAGGGGGUGGAGCAGUUUGAGGAUAUUUGGCAGAAGCUCCACAAUGCAGCCAACGCCAACCAGAAGGAGAAGUAUGAAGCCGACCUGAAGAAGGAGAUCAAGAAGCUCCAGAGGCUGAGGGACCAGAUCAAGACGUGGGUGGCUUCAAAUGAGAUCAAAGACAAGAGGCAGCUGAUAGACAACCGGAAACUCAUUGAGACGCAAAUGGAGCGGUUCAAGGUGGUGGAGCGGGAGACCAAGACCAAAGCCUACUCCAAGGAGGGGUUGGGCCUGGCACAGAAAGUCGACCCUGCCCAGAAGGAGAAGGAAGAGGUUGGCCAGUGGUUAACGAACACCAUCGACACGCUGAACAUGCAGGUGGAUCAGUUUGAGAGCGAGGUGGAGUCGCUCUCUGUGCAGACACGCAAGAAGAAGGGGGACAAGGAUAAGCAGGACCGGAUCGAGGGGCUGAAGCGGCACAUCGAAAAGCACCGGUACCACAUCCGCAUGCUGGAGACCAUCCUCCGCAUGCUGGACAACGACUCCAUCCAGGUGGACUCGAUCCGCAAGAUCAAGGACGACGUGGAGUAUUACGUGGACUCCUCGCAGGACCCCGACUUCGAGGAGAACGAGUUUCUCUACGACGACCUCGACCUAGAAGACAUUCCGCAGGCUCUGGUAGCCACCUCCCCGCCCAGCCACAGCCACCUGGAGGACGAGAUCUUCAACCAGUCCAGCAGCACUCCCACCUCCACCACCUCCAGCUCGCCCAUUCCGCCCAGCCCUGCCAACUGCACGACGGAGAAUUCGGAAGAUGACAAGAAGAGGGGGCGGUCGACGGACAGCGAGGUCAGUCAGUCUCCUGCAAAGAACGGUUCAAAAAGCGUCCACAACAACCACCCCCCGCCCUCGCCAGCCGUCACACCCAGCUACCAGCUGGGCAGCAGCUCCAGCACCUCGUCCUCACUGGGCAACGGCCCGGGCUCCAGCAGCAACGGAGCCGUGUCCAACAGCAGCGGGAGCGGGGGCGCCGGGGCCAAGGCCAUCCCGGCCACUGGCCACACGCCCAGCACCCCCACCCCCUACGCCCAGGCCGUCGCGCCCCCGCCCCCCGGUGCCAACGCCUCGCAGCCCCGACCUCCCAGCGCCCAGCAGAACGCCAGCAAGCAGAACGGGGCCACCAGUUACAGCUCCGUGGUGGCUGACAGCACAUCUGACUCCGUUCUCGGCAGCAGCGGCCCAGCGCUCCCCAGCCAGCCGGUGGCCCACAACCCGCCCAGCAGCGCUGCGAAAGAGCCCAGCGGAGCCCCCGCGCCCCCCAGUGCCAGCUCUGGCCUCCUGGUCCCCAUGACGGUGAAUACCCCGAGCUCCCCGACCCCUUCCUUCUCCGAGGCCAAGCCGAGCCAGCCGCUGCUCAACGGCCCGCCCCAGUUCAGCUCCACGCCAGAAAUCAAGGCGCCCGAGCCCCUGAGCAGCUUGAAAUCCAUGGCAGAGCGAGCAGCCAUCGGAUCCAGUAUAGAGGACCCAGUGCCAUCUCUCCACCUGGCUGAAAGGGACAUUUUAAUUAGUAGCACGACCUCGCAGCCGCCCUCCAGCCAGCCGCCUAUCCAGCUGUCGGAGGUGAACAUCCCCCUCUCCCUGGGGGUCUGCCCCCUGGGACCGGUGCCCCUCACCAAGGAGCAGCUCUACCAGCAGGCCAUGGAGGAGGCAGCCUGGCACCACAUGCCUCACCCCUCGGACUCAGAGAGGAUCCGGCAGUACCUGCCCCGGAACCCCUGCCCGACCCCCCCUUACCACCACCAGAUGCCUCCGCUGCACUCGGACACCGUGGAGUUCUACCAGCGGCUCUCGACGGAGACGCUCUUCUUCAUCUUCUACUAUCUGGAGGGUACCAAGGCACAGUACCUGGCGGCCAAAGCCCUCAAGAAGCAGUCGUGGAGGUUCCACACCAAGUACAUGAUGUGGUUCCAGCGGCACGAGGAGCCCAAGACCAUCACGGAUGAGUUUGAGCAGGGCACGUACAUCUACUUCGACUAUGAGAAAUGGGGCCAGCGGAAGAAGGAAGGUUUCACUUUCGAGUACCGCUAUCUAGAAGACCGCGACCUGCAGUGACGCCUGCUCACCCCCCAGGGGGCGCCAGCCUUCCAGAGUCACGCAGGCGGGACAUUGGGGCGUGGGGGGCGGACAAGAGGCCAAGCUCACCUCCCCCACCCCCAUUCCACCUCACCACCCCCAGGCGGGGGCCCCCUCCGGCCAUCCGAACCCUUUAAAUGCAUGCAGUUUUAAAAGACAAGAACGGGGGGGGGGGCUGUGAAGGGAGGGGAAUCAGCCAUUCCCUGGCCCCCCUUCCUGGGUGAGUGUUGAGGGGGCGGGCAGAGGGACAUGCGCAGGCAAAAAAAAAAGUGAACAAAGAUGAUCUUGGAGGAGGAGUGUUGGGGGAGGGGCAUUAAAUCAUUUGGCUUUU